AGAAACAAAGAAAUGGAUCCCGAAGAGGAAGCAAAUAACAAAGAAAUCCGAUUAUGAUGGGCCAUCCAACAGCCCCAAUCCAACAUGGGUAUGGGUAUAUAAAGGCCAGCAGGGGAAAGGGGAAGGGGAAAGACGGGAAGAAAGAUCAACACAGCCGAAUGCUAUAGCUCCACAACACAAAAAUAAGAAUAAGAGGACAUUAUGGCGGUGUGUUGUGGUGGGCAUAGCCAUAUUGUAAGUGCAUUCUUUGGGGUAGUAGCCAUCUCCCUUCUCCUUCUACUGCCUCUCCCUCAGGCUCAGGCUCAGGCUCAGGCGGCUGAUCCCAACGCCAUAACAAAAUCCAACCCAUUGGUUAGCCAUGGCGGCCAAAUGCUGAAGGGAAAUAUUAACCUUGCGCUCGUGUUCUACGGUCAGUUCGGGCGCAUACAGAAGAACACACUCAGGUCUUUCUUGGGGUCCUUGAACACCAAUGGCCGAGUCGGGGUCGGGGGUGCCCCACAGGUAUCCUCCUGGUGGCGCAUGCUCAGCUCUUAUAACCCCACCGCUGGGAAUGUUAAUGUGAAGGUGGUCAAACAAUACGUGGAUCCCCAGUACUCUCUUGGAAAAAUUAUGACCAAGGAUUUCAUCAAGAUUCACGUGCAGAAGGCUGUCGCUGAAUUCCCUCAUGCCGUCACCGUUAUUGUUGCGGCUAGAGACGUGACGGUGGACGGGCUUUGCAUGGGGAAGUGUGCAGAGCAUGGAGUUAUUGACGAGGCGCCGUACGUGAUUAUUGGGAACCCUAUGACCGAGUGCCCAGGAGCAUGUGCAUGGCCUUUCUACAAGUCUGACUACGGCCCAGCCGGCGAUGUUCUGAAGCCUCCAAGCGGGGACAUCGGGACCGACGCUAUGGUGAUAUCACUGGCCUCGGGGUUGGCCUCGGUGGUAACCAACCCGUUCAGCACUGGGUUCUUCCAGCUGGGGCAGAAGGCGAGCGUGAUUGAAGCCUCCACCGCUUGCCCUGGGAUGUUCGGCAGUGGAGCCUCCCCUGGGAACACUGGGAAGGUGUUAGUUGACCCAAUCAACGGAGGCGCAUACAAUGUGGUUGGGUUAAAGGGCAAGAAGUUCCUUGUUCCAGCUCUUUGGAACCCCAAGACGACGUCGUGCUGGACUGUGAUUUGAACCCCAUCAUUCACUCCACAUUUAAAUUGCUAUUAAUUUCUUAACAAAAUGUUGGUGGAGUGUGAGGUGAACCCCCUCCCCUCAGUCCACAUUAAAUUCCCAUUCCUUUUUCGUUUCUUUAAAAAUUUAUGCGUUUAUGAUUGCCCACACCCAAUCUGUAGUUAGGGUGAGAGUAAGUUGUUGUAGCCUCAAAUAAAUGAAUUACUGAAA